AGAGCCGGCCAGGCAGGAGGCACCGGGGCGAGAGCGCUGCGCGGCACCGCACACGAGGCGCGCCCGCUGUCCAGAGGCAUCAGUGGGAGGGUCUCCCAGGAAAAGUACAACCGUCAUGGCCAGGACUAAGACUUGGAUCCUGGCCUUGGUUGGGUGGCUCCUCUCCGGGACGUGGAGUGCAGUGGGUGCUCAAGAGAACGUUCACUGGGAAGUCCAGCGCUAUGACGGCUGGUACAACAACCUCCUGUACCACAACCAUGGCUCUGCAGGUUCCAAGCUGCUGCGUCUCCUGCCAGCUAACUAUGCCGAUGGCGUGUACGAGCCCCUGCAGGAGCCGCACGUGCCCAACGCUCGCAGGCUCAGCAACGUGGCUGCACGGGGGCCCUCCGGGCUGGCCUCCAGCAGGAACAGAACCGUGCUGGGUGUCUUCUUUGGUUUCCAUGUGCUCUCGGAGAUCAUGGCGGUGGAGAAUCCCGGCUGCCCUGCUCAAUUCAUAAACAUCCGCAUCCCUGCGGGAGACCCCGUGUUUGACCCUGACAAUGCUGGAGACGUGGUCCUACCCUUCCAGCGCAGCAAGUGGGCUGUGGAGUCAGGGCAGAGCCCCAACAACCCCCGAGAACAGAUAAACAUGGUGACAGGCUGGCUUGAUGGAAGUGCCAUUUAUGGCCCUUCCCAUUCCUGGAGUGAUGCCUUGAGGAGUUUCUCUGGUGGGAAGCUGGCUUCUGAGACUAAAGAGAACUUCCCGAAGCAGACGGACGGAAGAAACUUCAUGUGGAAGGCUCUGGAUCCGUCCACAGGAAAGGGGGGCUCCGAAGGGAUCUAUGAUUUUGGGAAUGCCAGAGGGAACGAGAACCUUUUCCUGCAGGCCGAGAGCAUCGCCUGGUUCCGCUACCACAAUCACUGGGCCUUGAAGCUGGCCCAGGAGAACCCCAGCUGGUCGGACGAGGACGUGUUCCAGCACGCGCGCAAAUGGGUUGUUGCCACCUACCAGAAUAUCGUGCUGUACGAGUGGCUGCCGACAUUCCUACAGAAAACCAUCCCGUCGUACACAGGUUACAAGCAGCAUGUGGAUCCCAGCAUCUCCACCGAGUUUCUGGCUGCCAUGGGGCACUCCCUGGCGACCAUGGUGCCCCCUGGAGUCUACAGGAGAAACAAGAACUGCAGUUUCCAGGAAGUGCUCAAUCAAGACAACAGCAAGUCGCCGGCCUUCCGACUCUGCAACAGCUACUGGUGCAGAAAGAACCCCAAUGUCCGGACGACGCAUGACGUGGACGACCUGCUGCUGGGGAUGAGCUCCCAGAUCGCAGAGCUGGAGGACAACGUGGUGGUGGAGGAUCUCAGAGAUUACUGGUAUGGGCCCCUGAAGUACUCUCGCACUGACUACGUGGCCAGCUACAUCCAGCGGGGGCGAGACCUCGGUCUUUCCACCUAUGCCAAGGCCAGGGAGCUCUUUGACUUAAAGCCUGCCGCGAACUGGUCACUUUUCGCCCACGUGGACAAAGAGGUCCUUGGGAAUGUAUCUGCCUUAUACGACAACGACAUCUCCAAGCUGGAACUCCUGCCGGGGGGCAUGCUGGAGAGCAACGGAGACCCUGGAGACCUCUUCAGUGCCAUCAUCUUGGACCAGUUUACGCGCCUGCGUGACGGGGACAGGUUUUGGUUCGAAAACACUAAGAACAGGUUAUUCACAGAUGAUGAAAUUAAAGAGAUUAAAAAGACCACAUUCCAUGAUGUCCUUCUUAAUGUCACCUAUGCGGAGCUGCAAGAUGUACCAAUGCAGGUGUUUAACUGGAAUGCUAGUGAGUCGGAUCCAUGUCCUCAGCCCCAGCAGUUGACUGUGGAAAAGCUGGCAAACUGCACGCCCCUGACAGUGCUGGACUAUUUUGAAGGCAGCGGAGCUGGAUUCGGGCUUAUCCUCGUCGCCCUCUGCUGUUUUCCUUUAGUGAGUUUAUUUGUUGCCUGGAUCGUCGCUACUUUCCGCAAGCGCGAUUUCAAGAGGCUGCAGAGAAAAGCGAACCCCAGCAUGAAGAGAGAGGUGUCGGGCGAAGGAGUGCAGGCCUUGGAGUGGCUAGGUCCCAAGACAGACAGCAAUCUCAUCUACCUUCAGCUUCAUCCAGACAAGAUUAUCAAAGUGCUGGACAACCGGCGAGCCGUGCUCCGCAGCAUCAGUCUGAAAAACCAACAGCAGGUGGACAUGGUCCUCUCCAUCAACAAAGGGAACAAAGCUUUGCUCCUGAAGAUUCCCAAAGAGUAUGACCUGGUGUUGCUUUUUAAUGGCGAGGCGGAGCGAAGUGACUUUGUCCGGAAGUUGACCGACUACUUGGAGAGGAACGGACUGUCUCUCAACGUGUCUGACCUGACAGAACGCAGCCUGCUGAAGAGGGCUGUGACCAAAGAGCAGAGGAAGCAGAUCCUGGAGACUUUCUUCAGACAUUUAUUUGCCCAGGUGCUGGACAUUGACAAGUUGGAUGCUGGAGACCUCAACUUUGAAACAUCAUUGACACCAAAAGAAUCUCUCAAGUGUGAGCUGAGCCGGGCUGAGUUUGCAGAGUCGCUGGGGCUCAAACCCCAGUCCAUGUUUGUGGAGUCCAUGUUUUCGCUUGCUGACAAAGAUGGCAAUGGAUAUCUCUCUUUCCGAGAGUUUCUGGACAUCUUGGUGGUCUUCAUGAAAGGGUCCCCAGAGGAGAAGUCAAAGCUGAUGUUCACCAUGUACGACGUUGACGGGAAUGGCUUCCUCUCCAAGGAAGAGCUCUUCAGGAUGCUGAGGUCCUUCAUCGAGAUCUCCAACAACUGCCUCUCGGGCGAUCAGAUGGAGCAGGUGAUUGAGUCCAUGUUCCAAGCAUCGGGCUUUCAGGAUAAGCAGGAGCUGACGUGGGAGGAUUUUCAUUACAUGUUGCGAGACCAUGACAGCGAGCUGCGCUUCACCCAGCUCUGCAUCAAAGGAGUUCCUGACGUGUUCAGGCAAAACAUGAGCAACCGCGUCUCCUUCAUAAACCGGGCCAAUGCCAAUGGGGCAACACCUCGCCAGCCACAUUUAUACACCGAGGCCCAAAGGACAAAAUAUGAGCGGAGCAAAGUUUACCAGAAGAUCCAGCAGUUCAAGCGUUUCAUCGAGAAUUACAGGCGUCACAUUGCCUGCGUGGUUCUGUUCUCUGCCAUCACUGCCGGCGUGUUUGCGGAGAGAGCAUAUUACUAUGCAUUUGCAUCGCCAGCAACAGGAAUUGCAGACACCACCUACGUGGGCAUCGUCAUCUCCCGGGGGGCAGCAGCCAGCAUCUCCUUCAUGUACUCCUACAUCCUGCUCACCAUGUGCCGCAACCUCAUCACCUUCCUGCGCGAAACCUUCCUCAACCGCUACAUCCCCUUUGACGCCGCCGUGGACUUCCAUCGCUGGCUCGCUAUGGCGGCCCUGAUCUUUUCAAUUCUCCACACCGGGGGCCAUGUAGUGAAUGUCUAUAUCUUCUCGGUCAGCCCACUCAGCAUUCUGUCCUGCCUCUUCUCCAACGUCUUCAUGGAUGAUGGGUCACAGCUGCCCCAGAAGUACUACUGGUGGUUCUUCGAGACCAUCCCAGGCAUGACCGGGGUGCUGCUGCUGGUGAUUCUGGCAGUGAUGUACGUGUUCGCCUCCCACCACUUCCGGCGCAUCAGCUUCCGGGGGUUCUGGAUCACGCACCACCUCUACGUGCUGCUCUACAUCAUGGUCGUUAUCCAUGGCAGCUACGGCCUGGUCCAGCAGCCCCGCUUCCACAUCUAUUUCAUCAUCCCAGCUCUCAUCUACGGGGCAGAUAAGCUGAUCAGCCUGAGCAGGAAGAAGGUGGAGAUGAGUGUGCUGAAAGCUGAGCUCCUCCCUUCAGGUGUUACUUAUCUCAAGUUCCAGCGGCCGCAGGAUUUUGAGUACAAGUCCGGGCAGUGGGUGCGAAUUGCCUGCCUGUCGCUGGGGACAAAUGAAUACCACCCCUUCACCCUGACCUCUGCACCCCAUGAGGACGCGCUGAGCCUACAUAUCCGAGCUGCAGGCCCCUGGACCACCCGGCUGCGGGAGCUGUACUCCCCUGAGACUGUGGCUGAAAUCGGCAGAUAUCCCAAGCUCUAUCUGGACGGGCCGUUCGGUGAGGGCCACCAGGAGUGGAACAAGUUUGAAGUCUCUGUGCUGGUGGGAGGAGGCAUCGGGGUGACUCCUUUUGCCUCCAUCCUCAAAGACCUGGUCUUCAAGUCCUCGGUCAGCUCCAAGAUGCCGUGCAAGAAGAUCUAUUUCAUCUGGGUGACACGGACCCAGCGGCAGUUCGAGUGGCUGGCUGACAUCAUCCGCGAGGUGGAGGAGAACGACCAGCACGACCUGGUGUCUGUGCACAUCUACAUCACCCAGCUGGCUGAGAAGUUCGACCUGCGCACCACCAUGCUGUACAUCUGCGAGCGGCACUUCCAGAAGGUGCUGAACCGGAGCCUGUUCACAGGGCUGCGCUCCAUCACGCACUUCGGGCGGCCCCCCUUCGUGCCCUUCUUCAAGUCCCUGCAGGAGGUGCAUCCCCAGGUGUGGAAGAUCGGCGUGUUCAGCUGCGGCCCCCCGGGGAUGACCAAGAAUGUGGAGCAAGCCUGUCAGCAGAUCAACAAACUGGACCAGACCUACUUUGUGCAUCACUAUGAGAACUUCUAACCCCCCCGCCCCCACAGACACACAGCCCUGUCCCGGCGUGAGCGCUGUUCCCUGGGUUGCCGUGGGGCCAGCUGCUCUGUGAACUAGGCGCUUCCAGAGUCCUGGGAAAGGUUCCCUGCCACUUUUCAGACGGGAGCUGCUGGGUGUCCAUGGCACAUCCCCCACACAGCCUCACGGAGAUGCCCUCCUGGAGCCGCACUGUCCCAGGAGGGAAUUGCAAGGGGGCUGGGGAUCUGCGCGGCAUUGGCAGCAGGUUCCUGGAAAUCACUGCCCAGCGCGGAGCGGCUUGGCCUGUGAUUUAUGGAAACCCCAGCGGCAGCAUAGCCAGCCAGCCAACGCUGCUCUCCCAUCCUGUGGGGACGCACCAGGUCCUGGCAUGAGUGUCUUGCACCGUUCCGUUAAGGCUUCCUUUUGUGUGAGUCUGACCUUAGGAACCGAUGAAAAGGGGCUUUGAUUGGGACUGUGUCAGCCUCUGUACUAGCAUCCGGCAGCUCCUUGCUGUGUCACGGAGGCCCUGAAACAAGGGGCUUCUGUUCCAGGGUAGCAUCACUGGAAUGCAGUCCUCCUGGAUUUCUGACCUACUUUCCUGUGGCCAGCUCCCCGGAGCAGGUGUGUGCGUGCGUGAGAGAGAGAGAGACCUCCGCCACUCAGCUGUGCUCCAGAGCAGUGGCUGGAAUUUUACAGCGAGACACUGGCAUUAAGCAACUGAAAUGCAAAUCUUACCGAACGUAAAGACUUCAGAUAAAAGAGCCCUUGGGCGCAGUCCUGUCCCACUGAUUUUAAUGGCAAAGCUGCCAUUGACUUCACUAGGGCCAGAGUUCUAGGUUGCACUCAAACAACAAUCCAAUGCGGAGAAAUUGACUCUCUGUGACCCCAAGCAGCUCUGCGGGUGGGCAGGCAGAGGGAGAGGAAGCAGAACGCCUGGGAGGACUUGGGGCAAUGUGUUUUUGGGGGUGUCAUGUGGCCCUCGCCUGCCCCAGCACAGCCCUCAGAGGAGCUCAGCACCAGCAUUUUCAUGUCCAGGGAUUGUGGCCCGCAGCAGUGUGGUGUGCUAGGGUGUGUGGAAAGGGGAAACCAGCAGACCCACACCAGAUUGCUUUGGGCAAGGAGGGUGUCUGCACAACUCCAGCUGAAGAGGAAUCUUCAGCUAAGGGACCUUAGGAGGCUUUUCAGCUUGGCAGACAGCAGUACAAAGAGCACCGGGAUGCUUGCAAGUAAAUCCAGGACAGAGCUGGUUGCUGGGGCCCCCUGAAAGGGCUUCUGGGUGGGCCUGAGCCAUUGGAAUAGAGUGAAAAGGGGGUUUGUUCCACGGGGCUGGCGUGGAAUGUAAGUGGUGCCUAGAGCUUGUGCUGUGCUCCUGCAGGGACGAACGGUUCUCCUCUCUGCUAAUGACCGUAGCCAUCCGCAUAACACAGCCCGUUUCCUGCUCCUACGAGGGCUGAGUUGCCAUUUGCUUUCCCAUUCAAACCCAUUUCCACCAUUUGCCCAGCUCUCGCCUGCUCGCACUACAACACAGAGAUAUGUGGCUCCCUUGUUUGGCCACUCAGGUGAGCAUUGUAUUGGAGCAAGUGCCUGCAUUAAAGCAGUGCUUGCUGGCUGCUACCAAAAUAAACUAUUCAUUCAUUGCACUUGCUGCUGCUUUUAAAGUCCGACCCAUUUUGUCUGUGUUUGGUCCCUUUAUGUAUUUAAUGGCUACGCCCAUAACUCUUAUUUUUGUUGGCAUAUCACCAAAAAGCCCGGUGUAAUUUGCUAGCUGACUAUUCACGCCUCUUGUAAGAAAGGCAAUAAUGAUUACUGCAAACUGUCCCAGUAUUAAAAUACCCUUUUUGUGAAUUGUAAAUGUUAAGCUUCAUGUUUCAGAACCAUAGCUGGAAAGUGAAAUCAUUAAUCUAGAUGAGCUGUGAAUGUGUAAAUUCAAAUGACUGAUUUUAAGGCAUUUCCAAAAUAAAACUGGUUAAA